AUGCCCCUGAAGAUGCGCCCCGCCACGCUGGCCGACGGGCCGGCCCUAGGCGCCGUCUACCUCUCCGCCUUCAGCGACAACCCCGUCGCAACGACGUGCUUCCCGUCCAGCUCGUCCGAAUGCCGCGAGUUCCUCUCCAAGGCGUUCGCCGAGGAAGUGAGCGAUCCGCGCGCUCACGUCUUCGUCGUCACGGACCCGGAUCACAGGGAAGACCCGGAUUUGGUCAUUGCCUGGGCGAAGUGGGUGCGCCCGGCUAAGGAGGGAGAGGUGAACGUCGAGUCGCCACCGCCGAAGGAGGUCUGGCCGAAAGAGGGAAACCCGGAAUUCGCGAGCGAAUUCUUUGGCAGGAUAGGGAGGAAGCAUGCGGCGAUCGUGGGCGAUGUUAGACAUUGGUAUCUGGAACUCAUCGUCUGCCGCAAGGAGCACCAGGGGAAGGGAGCUGCGACGCCUCUGCUUCGCUGGGGGUUGGAGCAAGCGGAUAAGGAGGGAUCGAUUGCGUUCUUGGAGUCCAUGCCGAAGGCCAAGGCGGUCUAUGAGAAGUACGGGUUCGAGACCGUGGACUACAUGGAAAUCCAGACUCCGAGUGGAGGUACUAUCAGCCAGGACUUCAUGUUGAGAGGAGGAAAAGCCCCGGAGGACUACAUGAGAGUGUUGGAAAACAUCAAGAAUUUGAGGUAA